AUGUCGUCCCUCUACACGCCCGGUCAGAUUGAUGACGCCAACCUGAACUACCACUACAGAGUGGUAUUCGACGAUGCUCGUGGUAUAUACUACCAGUUGGCGACGGGAGCACUAGGCUUUCCCCAAGGCUUCUGGAUUCCGAGCGUCUCUUCAGAACCCGCUUCAUCGUCUGCAGUGCCAGCACCGUCCAGUUACCGGACUAAGGUGGUAUCGACUUUUCGAAUCGUGGCACACACCAUGGGACCUUUGGCGCCCGGCGCAUCCAUCAGCCAGAACCAUUGGACGAUAUAUCUGCUCGUCCAGGGCGGUUCAGUACAGCUGAAUAUGAAGACAAACACAGAUCUGCACUCCCGCCGAGGGAUUUUUUUGGUUAAAGAGCAUGCCUAUUCGGAAUCGAACAUGGCUGUGUGUUUCUUCGAUUUCCCAGCCGCACCGAGUGUCACGGUUGGGUGGGUCGAAAGCGAGAUCAGGUAA